AUGCCUCCUGGAGCUACGAGGACCAUAUUUGGUGAGCUGAUCUACACUGCGACUUGCGAUGUUUCGGAGGAACAACUAGCCGGUGUCUUCUCCGAUGUCGGACCUGUAUCAAAUGUAGAGAUCAAGUUCGAUCCCAAUACAGGAAGAUCAAAAGGAUAUGCGUUCGUUCAGUUCUACGACGAAGCCACCGCCGCAUCCGCCGUGCGUAACCUUUCGAGCGUGGAGGUGAAUGGCCGGAAUCUGCGCGUCGAAGCGAGUACGGACGAGCCUGGACCUCGGACCCGGCAGGAGGGACGAGCGGGUGGUGGAGGUGGUGGAGGAGGAGGAGGAGGGGGCGGAGGAAGGAGGGACAGAGACGAUUCGCCGCCUCAUGGACGAUAUGGAGGCGGUCCAGGCGGUCCGCCCGGUGGAGGACCGGGAUAUCCUCCAGUGGGAGGAAUGCCGAUGGGUGGAGGCGGACCAGGCUUUGGUGGACCAGGAGCAGGCGGUGGACCGGACGGCCAGCCAAGAGUCGAUAUAGGCCUUUUACCGCCCGGACAGGAUAUCCCGCCAAAUAUGGGCAAAUCGACCGAUGCGAUCAGUAAGACGUUGGCGGCGGUUACGCCAGGGCAGAUGCAGGACGUGAUGGCGGGGAUGAAGACACUAGUCAUGACGCAACCUGAACAAGCGCGGCAGCUGCUCCAGUCCCGUCCUCAGCUCGCAUAUGCCUUGUUCCAGGCUAUGUUGCUCAUGAACAUCGUCGACUCGUCUGUUUUGCAGCGUAUCCAGCCCCUACCUGCGGCACCUCCCCAAUCUCAAGGCUACAACGCCCCUCCCUCCUCAUACCCCCCAUACGCCCAAUCCCAACCACCCCCUCAAAACGCAUAUGGCGGUCCCGCACCCGGCGGCUACAGACCCCCUGGACCCCCUGCUCCUUCUUACGGCGGUCUGGGCGGCGGCGGGCCACCUCCUCCAGGACAAGGCCAAGGACAGGGGUAUGGCUACAACUCGCCGGCUCCGGCUGGAGGGAUGCCACCUCGGCCUCCUAUGCCGGCACAGGCGCAAGCACCACCGCCGAUGGUUUCGGGUCUGGCGGGGCUGCCGCCUCAGACACAGGCGAUGUUGGCUGGGCUGCCGGAUGAUCAAAAGAAUAUGCUGGUUCAGGUCUUGCAGCUUACGCCUGAUCAGAUAGCGGCGCUGGAUCCUGCUCAGAAGGCUUCGGUCGUUCAGCUUGUGAGUCGCUGA